CCUCAUGCUGCUCCUGUCUCUUGCUGUGUGGGUCGAAGCAUUUCAACAAGAGAGGAGCAGACGUCUUCUAAGCAAAGCCCUGCACAGACAUAACUGCCUCUGAUUCAACACCAUGGCCGUACGGGAUGUUCCCUCUCUGCUGCUGUUGGGACUCCUGGCUCUCCUUCACACCUGGGGAGCUAGCGCUAAAGUGGAAGUAAACAUGGUGGAGAACGUGGAAGUCUAUUUGGGAGAAACAGCUGAAAUCAACUGCUCAUUUACAUCGGACGACGGCAUCAGUGGCAGUGGUGGCCUGUUGAUAAAAUGGUUCCAUGAAACAAGUUCAGGAAAAAGGCAAAAAAUCUACCACCAGGAGAGUCUUCAAAACAAUGAGGAAAAAAACACUCCAUUCACUGGCCGGAUCAAAGUGAAUAGUACGUCGCAGGAUGUGGUGAUGAUCAUCAGUAAUGUGCAGCUGAGCGAUGAAGGGGAGUUCAUCUGUGAGGUCCGGAGCGUUACUGAAGGGUCCAAGAAUGGAAGCACAAAGCUGAGAGUGUUUAAAAAACCAGAUCAACCUACGAUAGAAGGUGUAGAAAAUGGAAUAUCAAUAAAUGAUCCAAUUUCAAAGAUUGGCACAUGUGAGGUGAAAAAUGGAUACCCAAAACCGAAUGUCACCUGGUACAGAGAAAACACGCCACUACGUAAUAUUCCAGAUGGUGUGCAAAUAGCACAAGAGGUCACAUCCGAAUCAAGUGGUUUAUUUUCAAUAAAAAGUUACUUGUCUAUUAAAGUAAAGAAGGAGGACAAAGAUGCACAUUUCUACUGUGAGGUCCAAUACAACAUUCCUGGAGCCGAGAAGAUGUAUGAAAGUCAACGUAUUCAGCCCACUGUUUACUAUCCUUCUACUGCAGCAACUAUUUCUGUUAAAUCCCCAAACGGUCAUAUUAAGGAGGGGGACACCGUGGAGCUCCAUUGCAUCACUGAUGGGAAUAGUGAAUCCGAAGAGAUCCAGAUUAUACAUAAGGGUGAGAAGUUGACAGACGACGCUACAGCGGUGCUGGAGAGAGUUACUCGCCUGCAAAGCGGUGUUUACGAAUGCAAAACAAUGAAUAUGGAUACGUUUGAAGAAAUCUCAGCAAACAUUGAUCUGAGGGUCAACUAUUUGGAUGAGGCUGUCAUUGAGCCUAAAGGCCCUUUAGAGGUGGUGCAGAAAAAUAAGCUUAUUGCUUCCUGCAAUGCUUUGUCUUCUCUCCACACUGAGACAACAUGGCUUAAGGAUGGAAAGGAGGUUUCAAGGGGUCACCUUCUAAAUCUGGAUAAUGUGACAUAUGAGGAUGCAGGGACGUAUGUUUGUGUGGUGACAGUGCCAAGUGUUGAAGGAAUGCAAACCAACUCCUCACUACAAGUAGACGUUCAGGGCCCUCCACAAAACAACAUUCCUACAGAAAAUGAUAUUAACUACAAAGAUGAAGAUGUUGAACUUAGCUGCUAUGCCAGAGGUUCCCCUUCUCCCAAUAUAACCUGGACUACCUCUGAUGACAAGGUUUUAGGCUCUGCAACGUACACAGAGACCGAUGACGGCGCUAAGAGUGUAGUCAAAGUCAAAGCUUCGGACAUGACCAUCUUCUGCAAAUCGCAAAACGGCUAUGGCACACACUCAGUCGAGUACAACAUCAAAGCCGUAAUCAAUAAACACACCACCACACCAGCCACCACUACAGCAGACUAUACAACCACUACAGCAGACAAUACAACCAUCAAUGUAACCACCAAUACAAGCACAACCACCAACGCAGCCAUUUCCAAAUCCACAGUCAAACCAGAAACAGCCAAACCACCAGAGAAGGUCAAAAAAGGAAACAAUGGCGUUAUCAUUGCUGUGAUCAUUAUCUGUAUCCUGCUUCUGGCCAUAUUGGGGAGCGUCCUUUACUUCCUCUACAAAAAGGGCAAGAUUUGCAAUCGGUCUGGAAAACAAGACUUCACUAAAGAGAAGUCUGCCAAAGAUAAGAUUGUGGUGGAGAUGAAGAGCGACAAGUCAGAGGAGGCAAUUCUGCUUGGGGUCAAUGGAGAAAAACAGCUACCCAGUGACCAGUGAUGAGCACUGCAUGGUGAGAAGUGAGGAGGUGAACCUCGACCUCCUGAAAGCUGCUCCUGGUGCAUCCCUCUCAGGCUCAGACCCCGAGAUGCCUUCAAGCUUCCACCAAAGCUCCUUCAUUCAGAGUUACAUCAUGGAGUUAAUCAGCUGACCAUUACACUGUUCAACUUAAAAAGAUGUUUUCAUUUCUUGCUGUAGGUUAUGACCCAUAAGUUCAAUUCAAGCACAAUUGGAGAGCUCCGUUAUGUAACUCUGUCAUUCACCCACCAUCCUUUGACUCUCCGUCUCAUUAGUGAAAGCCUUCAUACUGCUGAUUGUCUAUUGAACAUGAAUUAGAGCUCAAAUGACAGGGUCUGUUUUGAACACAGAAGAGGAUAAAUGUAUUGCCUCCAUUGAUAAAGAUGUGUAAAAAUCCUGAAAUAAAUUCUUUAAUUAUGGAUCAUAUAUUCUGAAAAAGAGAGAAAAAAAUUAACAAAGAUAUAAAUAUAUAUAUAUCUAAAUAAAAUUCAGGUGUUUGAGAGAACAUCUGUUAUCUGUUAGGCUUAAUUAAAAACUUACCUAAACAAUAUUUUUCCUUUAAAUAACCUUUUUUUUUUUUUUUAAGAACUGUUCAACUAUCUUUGACAGUUCUUUCCUAAAUUAGUAUGAGGGAGACCUGACAAAAUUUUUUUUUUCUAGUGUGUUUAAUUCUGUGUUUGUCGUACAUAAUCAGACAGCUUAGGAUGAGCAAAAAAAACAAAAGAAAAGCAGCUCUUGGGCAUUGAUGCGUUCAGUGGAAGAUCUGAUUUAACCGCAGAAUUGAAUCAAAAAUCCGGUGGCGCCUCAGAGAAAGCUAAAAAUGGUCCAUCACUGAGCUUUUAACUGAAUUAUUAUUCCAAAAGGAUUCCCAUGGCCAAAAUAACACAGAAAAAAAUAGAAGUAAAAUCAACCUUAGCCUUCAGUAGGUCAGGUCAAUCCAAAUAAUAUCCAGUUAAAGUUCGGAUAAUCCAGGAUUCCCAGUGAAAGACACGUAUUUUGAACCUUUACACAUCUUUACCACGGAUGCCAAUAGAUGUGGAAAGCGCUUAGUGACGUAGAAAUCCACUGAAGAGCAUCCUGAUGCAGCUCAGUUGGUGUACAUACUAUAGUCUAUGUAUAUAUUUCUUUAUUUAAAUAACACACAAAAAAUAAAUAAAAAUAAAUGACCAGAUAGUGUUUCUAUGAUUUGGUGCUUCUUAGAGAUAAAGUGGAGCUUAGGUAGGAAAAUAGUUUUAUUUGUUUCCUGUAAUGUUUCAGUCUUCACACUGAAAGUUAAGAGAUGCCUCACCUCUUCAGCUAUACAUUUUUAUGCUUUAAAUACAAACCUGCAGGUCAUUUUAAAUACAUAUCACUCAUGUUUUCGACUCCCAGUGUUCUGUAAAUGAAGGACAUUCUUUUGUGAGGCUGAAUAAGAAGUUGAACUAUUGGUGAAUUAUUUUCUGUGUAUUUUUACAUCUGAUCAUAUUUGUUUGUUUGUUUGAUCAAAAGCAUUGCCAACAGUCAGAUCAUGGAGUUGCAUUUUGCCUUAAAUAAUACAGAUGCCUUGCAGAAAAAUUACAUUUUGUACUGCUGGUUUUUAUUUUUUCUAUUUAAUUUCCAUGCACUGAUUUUUCCCCCAAUCUUUGUGUGUGUAUUCAAGCUGUAUUUGCUCUCUAAUAUAACAUUUUUAUGGGAUGUAUCUUAAUGAAUUUAAUUUCUAUAGCUGUCAUCUUGUUAACAGAAAGAAAGACAGAGAUAGACCGGAAUCACUGCAUGAAGUUGUUCUUUUCACUGCAUAUUUUUCUCUUGAUUGAAUUAAUUUCUUUGACUAUUGAAACUUGAGCUAACAUAACCCAAAGAGACACAGAGUCCCCUUCAGAUCCAAUGCCUUAAACCACCAUAUACUCCCCUUUUUAAGUGUUUUGUGUUCCUGCUGGUUCCCAUAAUAUCUGCGCUACUGAGGAGACGGGAAUGACUGUGACUGAGCAACUCCAGCUUAAAGACAAUCAUGUCAUCAUCUUCCUUCAUACAUUUUAACAGCUCUGUUAAAUUGCAUUGGGUGUCUGAAAUGCAUUUUAAGGUCUCUGAGUUAUGAAGCACACUGUUAUUACCAAAAAUGUAUUGUUUUAAGUUCUUAAAAUCAAACCAAAUAAAGUUAAAUGAUAAUAAAUUAAGAGUUGAAACACUGA